CGGUACCACUGUUUUCUUUUUCCUCCGUGGCGCGGCGGACUACUUCCUGCACACUUGCACUCCGAGAAGGCCCUGGUCGGUCAGACCAUGGGACUCAAGGGGAUAUAGGGGAGAACAGUGAAGGGAAGGGGAUUGCAUGCCAGGUGUGUCCGUCGUCAAGCAGUUGCAGAGUGGGAGACGAGCUCGAGGCGGGGACGCGUCGGCGCUCAAGCGGUUACUUGCAAGGACGAGUGACACAGUUAGCAGGGCGUUACACUACCUAGGGGAAGAGGUAGCUGCCUUCCGAGCGGAGGACUCGAGCGACCCGUUGACCCUAUUUCAUGGACGCCCUCCUCUUGAUAUCAGGGGCGAGCUCGUGGUAGCACGGGACGGGUUUUUCCCGUACAGCGUUAGGAGCAUGCGGGCGAUAGUUCCGACGUUCGUAGUAGAGAGUGUCUUUGGAGGUAUUGGUGGAGUGGUCGAGACAUACCUGGCCUAUCAGGAUCUMAAGAUCCUGGCGAGAAGGUCUGCCGACCUAUACUACAUCUAUUAUUCGCUUGCGACCGGUGGGCCUCGUUGGGGAGACGAGAGGGUUCAGCUUAUAGAGCUGAUCCGCUCGAUAGACGACGAGUGGCCCCAGUCUCCGUGCGUUUGGGAUUGGCUAGACCGUGAGCUCCGAGCAGGCCCCGAGUACGUGACCUGCAUCGGGCGGCUCUUCUUAGACGACUGGGAGAGCUGGUGGGGUGUGGACGCCGAGCGACCUCUGAUAUACGGCCAUCAGUUGGCGCAAUACUACCAGGGUAUAGGACAGGCGCCAUACCGCGUCGAGGACGAGUUUGACGAUGAGGGUUGGGAGCGAGAGGACGACGAGGACGCCUGGGAGCCAGACUGGGUCGACCCAGAGAGAGAGGUUGACGAGGAGGAGAUUGACGUUACAGACGCCCAUUUUCCCAGGAUAGGAGUAGCAGUCCGGGCAUAUGAGAGAUCGGACCGAGAUGGAUAUAGGGACGACAGAUACGAGAGAUCGGACCGAGACGGAUAUUGGGACGACAGAUACGAGAGGUCGGGUCGAGAUGGCUACAGAGGUGGUAGGUAUGAGAGAAGAGAUCGGGACUGGGAACGACGAGAUGGGUCGCGCGGACGAUUUGAGCGCGGGGGAGAUGCGAGAGAGCAGCGCGACGAGUCGCGGGGGUGGUACAACCGAGGGGACCGACGUGAUGAGUCACGAGCGCGAUAUGACUCGGGGGACCGCCGAAAUGACUCGCGAGGGCGGUAUGAGCAAGGAGGGUCUGGAGGAGACCGCCGCAACGAUUCGCGCGGUCGGAAUGAGAGAGGGGGAUAUGGCGUCUCAUCAGAACCAUAUCCCAAGUCGCCUGACCCCAAGGCAGCCAGGAGUUCGAUCUCUAGAAGCGCAGACGACAGGCCAUCUACUCCCAGAAACUCAUGCUUCUACUGUAGAGGAGAAGAUCAUAUCAAGAGGAAUUGCCCGGACCUCAAACGGGCAAUAGAUGAGGGACUUGUCGUGCUUGACGACCGCAAGUACGUCAAGUGGGCAGAUGGUUUGGGAGAUAUAUCGAUGUUCCCUUCGAUGAAGGAGAAUGUUGAAGCAAGAAGAGUAAAGCCGAGUAAAGAAAAAGAGUCAGUCAGAAGCCAGAGCAUCAAGAUAACCUUUGAGAAGGAUAUGGCGACCACACCCAUAAGGGUGGCAGCCACCAAGUCGGCGAGAGGGUCUACAUCGAAGAAGACUAACACGGAUUAUGUGAUGACGGAGAAGGACGGGCAGCGGGUCGAUGGAGAGGAGGUUAUCCUUUCGCCGCGAAAAAGGGGAGUGAAGAAGUUCUUAAUGAAGAGUUCGCUGGACGAGAUUGACACGGUCGAACCACUGAGGCGGGCCCUUCGGCAACCMAUGCAGUGCUCUAUUYUGGAGUACCUGGCGGCAUCGAAGCCGGCUCGYGAUGARUUACAGAUGAUCACGCRGAAGACUCGCAUACCUCUAUCGGAGGAGGGUCAGGGGGCCCCUAAGGCGGAAGCUUCUACAGUAGCAGUAACGGGGGUGACUGCCAGAGCGGAUCGCAUGGCGACAGUCCUUCUCGAUGGAAUGGAAGGUGUGUUUCAAGACAAGUUUUAUAUACUUGGUAGCGGGGCCGUGGAGACGAUUAUAAACGAUGGAGCGGUACUCGAUGCUGUGAUCGAUAACGGCAGUGAGGCUGUCAUCAUAGACGAGGACCUGGCAGUACAGGUUGGACUAGGCCUCGAUAGUUCAUACCUAUUCGAGAUAGAAACUGCUCAUGGGAGAAAGCAACAGAUCACUGUGGUUUGUCACAAGGCAGCCAUAGAGGUCCAAGGGGUACGAGUGACCCUGCCUAUCUUUGCAGUCAAGAACUGCAGCUCCGACUUGCUCUUGGGUCGAACGUGGCUGAGCCACGUGCAUGCGGUGACGAUAGAGCGACCUGAUGGGAGCCAAACAUUGUCCAUUAGGAAGCCAGACGGGACUCGGGUAAUGAUUGAGACAGUGGAGCCUCGGGACCCGAGGAACAGAGCAGCUCUCGCUGUGGGUGCGAGACCCAGUGAUCAGAUUAGGUCGUUACCUAUCUCCGGCCGCGGGGUGCGAUUUCGCGAGAAGAAAUAUGGACCACUGCUCACAGAUGAAGAAGGUCGGAUCGUGGAGGUGGAAGAUUUAGGGAGUCGGCUAAUAGUGGAUGGCAACUCGUACCUAAAGGAAAGAGAUGAAGAAUUUGGCGGUGUGGUAUCCGUGUCUUUUUUAAGGGCACGGCCCCCUAUGGGGGACUACCCAAGCGACACAAGCGAGUAGCUCAAAAAGUUAAGCCAGCGGCGGUGGGCCRCGAGCGAUCUGCACUGGAAGGGAUAUCGGAAGAAGAGAUCG